AUCAGAAAAGUAGUCGAGAGUAGACAGCCGUUAGGUGAUCACACGCGGCGCGCGGGCUCUGAAAAAGUGCGACGUUUUUUUUGCUUGUUUGUUUGUACCUUCUUCCCCUAAACGCACCAUAAACACUUCGCGCUCCCAGUACAUACCCAACAUCAACAACGGACGGCAUCGAAGUUAAGGCUGCCACUGUGCGCGGCGCGGUUUUUCUCGCUAGAUAGAUCGUUUCCGGGGGUAGUCGUUCCGCUCUAUCCGGAACGCCGCGAAAACCCGCAAAUUAUUUGUGGUGAAAAUUUUGGAUUUUUCUGCGGUAACAAGAAACGAGUGUGUGUGUGUGUUCUGUGUGUACUUAAGCUACAAUUCUCUGCGCAAAAACGGAAGCGCCACUUGCGCAUCCCACAGGUGUGUCGGUUCCGGGCGUGUGGUGUGACCUAUUGUCAGCGGUUUUGGGAGCCGCGGCAAAAAUUGAUAGUGCAAUAAGAUAUUGGCGGCAGCAUCAAAAUGACGUUCGGCUCGAGCUGGAGCGUUUCUGUGGUUCCCGUUGUUGUUCCCGCCAGUGGUGAAGCUGCCGUCAACGCCGACGACUGACGGAUCGUUGGCUACGCGUGAAGGAGUUGUGCCAAAGUUACGCAAAACAAUAGCGUGGAUGAUAUCGUGCAAACAUUAGUGUGUUAUUUGCGGGGGAAAAUACUACAAAAAACAACAACAACCAAAUUGCGGAGGAAAAUUUGUGGAAUAGUGACCGUCGUGUGUGUACGAGUUUGUGGAAAAGUGUGGUAAUGAAAAGUUAAGCAACUAUAUGCGUGGAGAAGCAGAAGCAGAAGCGGCAACAGCAGUGGUAACCAAGCAAUUUGGCCAUCCAUCGGGAGCGACCAUCAUCGGAAACAAGACGACCACGGCGAAGCCGUCGAUUACCCUUUUACUCCCUCAUUAAGAGCUCCCCUCCCGGAAAGGCAACCAUCGCUGGCAACACUGCUCACGAUAAGGAUCACACCACACAUCCAAAGCAAAGAAAACAUUCCCGCCUCAAUCACCAAAUUGUUGAUCCGACCCCUUUGGAACCCAUUUCCGCCAGGCCAGUGGUGGUGGUGAAAAGUCAAGUGAACAUUCCCUCCCCAGCAAUCAUCCAAAACAUCAAACUUUGGCAGCUCACCACCGGAUUACAAUUGCAGCGGCAUUGCAGUGACAAGCGCCUGCAUCAUCAUCGGCAUCAUCAGCAUCAUCAUCCCCCGCGAGGAGCAGCCUUUUUUGCUCCAUUCUUCACAUUAGACUUUGGCAGCUGGGCAGCAAAACGCACGAUCGUGUAAAUGCUUGGAGUUAGGAUGCUGAUGCUGCAGUAUAGCAAACACGGCGAGUGUAUACUCCAGGAAAUCGGUGCAGCACUGAGGGGCGAGCACACAACAGACCUUCUGCUUAUCUGCGAUGGCAAGCAGACCGUCCGUGCGCACAAGCUGGUCUUGGCCGCCGCUAGUCCACUAAUCAGAAUGAUCCUGGAGGAAACGCCCAUCCUGGAUGGCGUAACCACGGUGUAUUUCCCCGAUGUGCAGGUGUGCUACUUCCGGUUGCUGCUCGAGUUUCUGUACUCCGGCCAGGUGACGGUGCGAUCCGUCGACGAGUAUCACCAUCUGCAGGAUCUGCUGGCGUUGCUGCAGAUCAAAACCAACAAUGAUGACUCGAACGAGAAUGAUUCCGCAAAAUCGGAACCACACGUCGACAUUAACCGCAACGAGGGUAUCGCCUCGAGUCAUCACGCGAGACGACGGUCCAAGAGCCAGGACUCACUGUCCGGCGAUAGCACGAACCCGAAGAUUAGCGUCAAAAGCGAGCGCAACUCGGCCAGUUCGGAGGAAGGCGAUCGGGAGGAUAACGAGUAUCUGGACGAGGUGGAAGAGGCGAUCAUCAAGAGUAACAACAACCUGCAGCUGCACCAUCAGAUCAGUCGACAUGACGCGGACGAUGGGAGUGGGAAGGACGGUGGGGGUGGUGGUGGAGGCGGCGGCGGCGGCGGUGAAGGUGAUAGCAGUAUGAAAAGUUCUGGUACGGCAGGUGAGAGUGCGGAACGAUCGGCGCAUUUGAACCUGAGUGGGAGUAUCGGAGGCGGCGCUGGAAGCGGCCGACGAAGUGGGAGCGCUGGUGAUCCAGCCGAUCCGGAGGACGAGGAAGAUUACGAGUUGGAUGUCGAGGAUCGCGAGGAAGGAGAAGGGGACAGUGCAGAACAGCGAGCCGAACGACGGGGCGAAUCGAUCGCGAGCAGACGAAGAAGCUCGUCGGAUCCGGUGAACCUCUCCAUCGUGAAGACCCAGGAUGUGGACUCGGACGAUGCGAAUAUUGAUGUGGAGACGAUAGGUCACACACCCGCGAAGGAUCUGUUACAACCCCGAUUCCUGGACCCCUUCCGAACCCGACGAAAAGCGUACAACAUUCAUCCGGACGCCGAAACGCUGAAGCCAAUCGAUCACGAUCUGAUGCACGACUCGCCCGACAGCUACGUGGUGAAAACGACGUGGCCACGGAAGCGUCGGCUCGGUUUCCACAACUCACCCGCCCAGAAUCCAAUCUUCGUACCGAGUUACCUGGAUGAUCUGAGGACACGUAAGUGUUUCCUGUCUGCGCCGCCUACGUACCUGCCUGACAUCCGACCGGGUUCACCCAACUCUCAACGACCCACCGACAUUGCGCUUCCCAACAACCACCCUAGCAAUAAUAACAACAACAACAACAACAACAACCGGAUACGUCCACCAAGCGCCGACAACAAGCUCGCGGUGGCCCCGUUCGUUUGUCCAUGGCCUACGGCUGCCCUCGCCGGUUUGCCAGGAGGUCCAGGUGAUCUGCUCGGGCUUCCGUACGUACACGGGGGUCCCAACGCGGAAACCAGUCCAGCGGACCUGAUUCAGCAGAUGAAAAACUUCGAAAACAGCCAGGCCGAGAUGAAUGCCCGCUGCUCUGGAAGCAGUGGUGGUAGUGGCGGGGGCGGCGGAGGCGGUGGUAACGGAAGUGGUGGUGGUCAUACCGGCGGCGCCGGUAGCAUGGCCGGAAACACCGCCGUGAGGGAGUACCGCUGUGAGUAUUGUGGGAAAACGUUCGGGAUGAGCUGGAAUCUGAAGACGCAUCUGCGGGUGCACACCGGAGAGAAACCCUUCGCCUGUCGGCUGUGCGUGGCAAUGUUCAAGCAAAAGGCCCACCUACUCAAGCAUCUCUGUUCGGUGCAUCGGAACAUUAUCAACGCACCGGAAGCGGGCGGUCGGUACACCUGCUGCUUUUGUCCGCUGUACUUCGAGACCCUGCAGGAGCUGGUGCGGCAUCUCUCGGGGCACCACAACAAUCUGCUGCUGAGCAAAAACCUUCCCGAAUGAUACGCGCUACUGAAUCUAAGCUAUUACUACUGCUAUCGGCUGGAGAUGUACACCACCCGUUUGUAAGAUAGACAUCCCUAACUGUCCCACAACAAUGGCAACAAUGUGAUAGAAUACGAAAGCAUAUUCGGAUACGCCCUGCUCGGUCCCACCCCCGAAUACAGUAGAAACCAUUGAAUUAGUCCAGCAUCCACAAAGCGAAGAGCUUCGAACUUACACUGUGAACCUGCUAACCUGCAAAAGACGCCCCAAAACUGUUCGUUCUUUUUAUGUUUUUAGUAUUUUUUCUUACUUUUGGAUACUCGUGUAUACGCCCUACCUACUAUAAAACGGUGACAGAGCGGAAACAAACGCCAAACACUAACUCUAGCACGCGAAUACAAGAAAAAACAGUAGACAAGCGGGUGAAAGACAUAUAAAAAAGACAUUUUUUAUUUUAAGAGAGUGCUGAAUUGGAGGGAUUUGUCUUCUGCGAUAAUGGCCUGCUUGUUUACCGGCAUCCGUUUAAUGACCAGAAUUCUAUUUUUGGAAGAAAUUUUCUAAGAGAUUUAGCUAUCCGUCGGCUUAUAAUUCAACUACCAGAAUAUUAAAAAUUGAACCUUCAUCUAAAUAGAACUUUUGGACUUCGAUCAAUUUCUCCUCGAUUUCAGCAAAUUGAACAAUUCUCGGUACCUGCCUUCAAAUUUAGAGACCAUCGGUCUCCUCCAAAUUGGAGUUCAGUAGAAUUCGCGAUGACAGUGGUAUGGUGUCGACGUCCGGUGACAACUUCCAAUUAGUCCCAAACUCGUUAGUGUAAUCUCUAUCAGAUUAGAAGACACGAAGCCGGGUUUAAAAUGUUAAAAUUUUAAUGAAAAUUUUCACAUCAUGUUAUUGAUUUACUUGAAACACGUAUUUCUGACUUUUGUUCAAACAUAUGGCUAUACAUUUGCUACAUUUCCUUCAAAAACAAUUUUCGUAUGAGAUUUUUUCACCACCUGCAAAAAAAAUGAUUUUCAUUUAAAUAGAAUACUAAUUUGAUACGGAAAAGUUCAUUUUCAUUCAUAAUUUAAAUUUUGAAAACGUGUUCAUUCCGCCUGAAAUUCUUUGACGCUCUCCUAAACUAAUAAAAGAAGCUCAAUGCCGUCAACGCGGAUAGCUACAUCGGGUCUUCCGACCACUGUGUGAAUGGCAUCUACCGUAGAUAUCCUUUUCCGAAUUUCCGAAAACUGUUUAUACGACAGUCCACGGGCUCCCUUCGUGCAUUCCACAGACCUGUUGAGAAUGAUUCUCUCCAGUGGUUUUCCAAGUAUGUUCAGCAGGCAUGUCGGUCUGUACGGUGCUGGACCAUCAGGAAUCUUCCAUGGUUUAGGUAACAACACUAGUUUAUGUAUUUUCCAUCGAUCCGGAAAGUAACACUUGUCCAUAAACUUCUGCACAGCUGUCCUGAACAUAUCAGGAUAUCCCAGGACUGUAGUAAAACAGAUUUAGCGGCCUUCUAACGGGUUUUCUAGCUGUCAUUUUUCAUUAUUACAGCAGGAUGUCAGACGAGUCUAUGGUACAAGGUGCAACUGAUUGGAUAGUAAGUUGAUUAGGGGGGGCGGGGGUCGUCGGUAACUGAAAACAGAAUGGUAAUAAAUGGAAGAGAAAAUAUUUACUUGAGCGGGAGAGAGAUAAAUUGAUCAUAAGCGUUUGAAAUUCUGCAUUCUCUCAAUGAUUUUAGUGGUAUUCGAAAUUCCACAACCGAAUCACUGCAGAAUCGAGUCAGGGUGGUUUUUAGGUAUUGGCUCACCUGAUAGUAUAUUUCUGAGCGCCUUGCUUACUGUGCUACUUUCAACAGCGCAUACACACUGAUACUCUCACAAACACGUCGCGGCUCAUCAUUUCUAUCGAGCCACUGCAGCGACUCACACCACCACACCAUAGCCGCUCCGCUGUGUGUGGUUUAUCUCAUUAAUGGGCACCUUACACGAUCAAAAGGAUUGACAAUAAGUGUCUUCAAUAUCGUGACAGCUGGGCUUUCGACAUCCGAUCUAACCUCAAUCAAUAUUUUGCCCUCAACCCGAGACAACGAAAGUAUCCGCGAUGGCUAGUGGCGACAUUCGAGUUUGGGAUCCAAACUAUUCUCCAUCAGAUUAGAAGGCUGAAAGGCAAUUUUCAAUUGGUAAAAUUUGAAUGAAAAUAUCUACUUGGUAUUAUUUAAUUAGUUGAAGCGUUAGUUAGUUGAACUCUAACUUAACGUAUUUCCUCUGAGUUUUCAGAUAUUCCUACGAAAAUUUAUUAUUAUAAUAUAACGUCAAUUUCAGACACAAUUUUUGUAUGGGAUUUUCUCACCACUUGCAGAAAAAAACUAAUUAGCAUUCACAUAGAAUUUGAUUCGGAAAAGUUAAUUUUCAUUCAUAAUUCACACUUUGAAACUCGUUUUUCCUUCUCAAAAACACAUCAUAAUACUCGCUUCACAAAUACAGUCUGAUCCUUUCAGUUUCAGAGAUGCCAGAUUAUUUUAGUUUGCGAAAAUAUAAUAUUAUAUUAUCUGCAAACAAAUGUUUUUAUUCCAUAAAUAAGACUAUGACAGUAGAACCCCGAUUAUCCACGAGCGGGUGAUCCGCCGUGCGGAUUAUUCGCGACUGCGAGUUCCAUAGUAAAUCAAUAGGUCUUUCCGGAAUUUGUUAGUGAGUGGUAGGCCCAUGAUCUUUUGUUGUGGUCAUGGUUUUUACAUUAUUUAGCCACUAGUAUACACGGCCUCAUAGAUGGAUAGUUUAAUGAUUUCUGUAUUGAUAAAACAUAGUUUUUAUGUUGAAAAAUCAUCCCGACUAUUCGCGGAUAAUCGGGAUUCUACUGUAACCUGAACUAACACGUGAUGUUUUUUCACCUGUGAUUUUCCCAGAUCUUCUCAUCCUCCAAAUUUUAUAGCGGAGUGUGAAGAAACACACAACUUAGACUAAAGUGCGUUCGCUAGCGCAAAGAAUGACCGAGUUCAACCUUUAAAAAAUCCUAAGACGUUUUCAUUCACUCUCUUACCAUCACAUUGUCAGUUUACUUUGAAGUUUUGAUUUGUAUCGUGAAAGUACUGUAUUUUGCUAUUUAAAGUACAGUAAUUUACAUUUAAUACGACAUUUUUCUAAUUGGACAGACCUGUAAUGCUUUCAUUUAUGAUUCCUGCAAUUUCAGAAGUUUAUAAAUUUUAAUUGCAAUCGCAAAAAAGAAAAAAUUAAAUGUCCGCUUGCAAAUCUGGCAACUCAGUAUGGAAGUCUGUGAGGUAAAACGUCAACAUCAUGCAUCCAUUUGAAAUGUCAUGAUAUUGAUGCUCGAAAAUCAGAAAAUCCGGAUUUCUGCGUCGUCGGCCAUGUUCAGCUGUCGUUAUGCUCUCAAAUGUCAUCAUAUUGUCAAUACAGUUGACCGUGUAAGGUCCGCUUAACAUUGCAUUAUCGAGCCCCCGCAGCGGUCUGUCACUGCGAAAUCCGCACGGGAAAGCCGCCUUAUGUGUUCUUGCGCUUAUUCAUACGGGGCAAUCAGCCAGCGCAUUGACGUUUGGUUUUCAUCAAGAAUAGUACCAAGCUAAAGUCAUGCCAUGUGCUAACGUUUCCAAAUGUUUUGUAAUAUUUUUAAAAGGUAUAUUCUCGAAAUUCGCAUGUGAUGCGAAGCUCAGUGCUGUCCCACGAGGGAGUGACCAGUUGUCAAAAAGUCAAAAGGAAUCAGUAGGAUCAUCGUUGUGUUUUGUUGUGCUACCCAAGACGCGCAUUAAAUGAUUUUGGCGCGAGGCGAUGGCUACCUUCCAAAAUGACAGCUCCUCAGCGUAUUCGCUCUUAUCGGAAAUUCGGUAGAGAUCAUUUGAAUUUCUGUAGUCAUGAAAGACCCUUCCACCACAGCUGACUGUAAAGUAAUUUUGAUGACGAGGGAGUCAUCAAUGUAACAAUGUCCGCUGAAUUGUUGUGUCCUGUCAUGAAAUGCUACUCACAUUUCCCAGUGGUGUGUUGAAUCUUCGACAUGCGAUUUUCCAGGAAAAUCAAUUAUAUACAUAACGGUGCCUUUAGGUAACACAACAUUGCUGUUGAAUCUACCCAAAAGUGAGCUUGAACAUCGACUCUGUAUUACCUCUGUAUACAUGUCUUUGAUCGAUUCUCUUCAUCUAUAUUCUCUUUCAUUAAUAACUCAGCGGUAAAAGCAUUUCCAGAUAUGUUCGAUGAGGAUUGUGAAAGGGAGCCUCGUUUAUCAAACUACUUGGAAAAACUGGGGCAAAACCUAUCUGUAAGGCCGUAGUUAUCGAAAGAGAAAAUCGAUGUAUUCUUUUGGAAUCAUUCUUUUUCACAACAAACCUUGUCCCACUGUCGGUUCAUGUGAACUUUGGCAAACCUCAGACGUCUUCCGAUGUUAAAUGGUGUAAGAUGAGAAGCUUUAACCUUUUAACCUCUUUAUGUGAUAAUUUUUUACCAAAACAUGACGAAUUGUCACCCGAGUAACAUAUUAAUUGAAAUAUUUCAUUAUUUGCAUAAACGAUUUUGGGGCAUUCAAAGCUGUUCCAGCUAUCUCCCGCUUAUCCCGGUCAGAGAGCUUCGAUUUACGUGGAGAUCUCUCCUUCUUACCAUAUCCUUCAGGAUUCGCCAAAUAAUUCAGCACUACUCGAUGGGAUCUUCCAAUCCGACGAGCAAUUUCUCGGUUACCAACAUUUUCUUACUGAAAUGUAUCGAUUUGUCUUUCUUCUCUCUCGGUAAGCACUUUUCCCUUCGGCAUUUUCCAGAUUUAUUGACCAAAACAACUAAAACAUUGGAAAAUGUUGUUUGUUUACAAUGACACAAAGCAGCAAGAUCAGCACCUGGUCUUAUAGAAGUUGAACUGAGUGUAGCGUGGUUGUGUGGAACAGCCUUUACAACGCAACGCAGGCUUUGGUUCAAUUCCCUGUUUGAAACCGUUUGUUUUUUAUACAAUUCCAAGCUUGGAAUUUAGCGGAGAGAAUGAGAAGUCUACACCAUACACACAAACAUUUUCACACUCUUGAAAACAGAUGCUUUUCUUUGUGCGUUUGACACUGUAACACAAUAAAAAGCAUCUUUUCUGCCAACGCUAGUUUAGGUGUAGCUUUGAACGCGAAGUCAACUGAAUGACAUUGAUUUCGUCUGUUGAUUUCAAUAACUGCACGCAUACACUUGAGCCAUACGCUGCUUCAACUGCGUGUACCUCAUUACAUUGUUUAAUCCAGUAGACUCCUACCAAUCUCACCUUAUAACGGUAUCCAAUCGAGAACUGAGUGAAUGUAUGAGUAGAACUUUUCAAUCAGUUUACUCCAAUCAGAAGUUGAUUCCCGUUGUAAGGAAUUCAAAUGGUGAGUCGACAAUUAUUGCGAUUGAUCUGUAAAUCGGCUAUAGUUGUCGAACUAAGUGCAAAUUUGAAGAAGUAUAUGUAUUUAUUUAAGCUUAAAUACAGCGAUUCAAUUUCACUAUCUCAAAAACGACAAAUGCCGUUUUUGGUGGCACUCAGUUCUGUAGAUCUCGUAGUAGACCUUGUAGAUUUAUGGUGCUUUCGAUUACGAAUGGCUCACUCAGUCUACCACAAGUACGUAUAGCCUGCCGAAUCUGGGCGAAUUUCGACAACUUGUUCCGUUUGAAACGGUUAUCCAUAGCAAACUCGUCUUUAUACGUGGAAUACAUAUUGUCCCGGCAUCUGCUUAAAAUCCGCUUUGAUGUAGGUCUCAUCAUCAAUAAAGUAGUACUGGUAUUUCAUUAGCAGUUUCGUGCAGAGUUUGCAGGCGCGCGUUUUGGGCGAAACUCUACCGCCAUUCGUCCCGAUUUGGGAAAUUCUGCACCUUGUACGUUUUCAAUCCGGAUCGUUUAUUGGCCUUCUGAACGAAAUUUUGCAAAACAUCUUUUUUUUUUGGCCAAGUCCUGCGUCGAAAUGUUCAGAUUCCGUUUGAAGUGAGCAAUCGCCGCUCUCUCCGCUUGUGGUCCACUUUCAUCCGUUGCCGGAACAUUCAAAGAACAUUUGAGACGGUCGAACGAUGUAUAUUCAUCAGUUUUCCCAAACCACGACGCGACAGCCCAGGAUUUUGCAUGAGAGUGAAAAAAUCCCUUCGCGAAACGGUUUGCUGAUUUUCUUUCAUCUCGAACGGAAUCUCACUGACAACUACAAAACUGAGCCAAUGUAAACAAACAUCUUUCUUUUCACAAUUUUACCCAGUGAAACAAAAAAUGGACUAAAUUUUUCGCACAUAUCAUGACGGGGGUACAGUUUCAAUUCCCGUUCUGGCAGAGAGAUUUUUCUUCAAAGAAAGUUCUUCUGACCGGCACUGGUACACGCGUAAUCUGCAAAUUGCCACUCAAAAUACGUUCAGGGCGUGCUAUUAGCAUAGAAAUCUCAACUAUGUACUAAUGAAAAUGAUGUAAGUAAUACUACAUUGAGACGGCGAAGUUGCUCUUAGAACGUUUGUGUCAUCUAGGAAGUAUAAGAACGAACCGCCAUCAUGAACAAAAUCAUGCAACGUACAUUGUCUCAAAUCACACUCGUUUCACCAUGCUCUCUCAUGCUUGCUCUGCGUUGCAUGACUUUCCUUCCGUUAUCUGUCAUCCCUUUUUUGUUUUAUUCUGCUCUUUUUUGUCCUUUUCCGUGAUUCCUUCUCGAUUUCUUUCUUUUUUCGUUCUAUUGCUAGCAUUUAACUGUUGCUUCCUUUUCCCACCAUUUAUUGUUAUGUUAACUUUUUUUCCUCUCUUCUUGUCUCACCAGAAGCUGUCUGGCUUUUCACAAUCUAUCUUCUCUCGCACCGCCGGUUUCAACAAUUUUGUUUUUGUUCACAGCGCACCGCGUAUGCGAUAUACAUUCAUCGAUUGCUUUCUUUUCCGCUCUUUUUUCUAUCCACAAUCCACAUUCUCUCUUCUAUUCUUCUCUCACCGGUAGCUGUCUGGCUCCUCCAAGUUAUUUUCUCUCGCACCGCGAGUAUCCACUAUCUGAAAUUUUUCUCUAUCUUUGUUUGUUGCUUAAAAACCCAAUGGUGCAAUUCGUCGGAGUAUCGAUGAAGAGUGAAAAUUAGCUUUCGAUGGUUGUCCACUUUUUGACGAUUGUUUUUUAAUAUUGAUGGCUAGGUGUCGUGAAGAUAAAAUGAAUAUAUAUAUAUACAAGCAGAUACAAAUGAAUCAUUCAAAGUAUUGUCCAUCGCUAGCUACAGUCAAGAAAGUAGACGCAAGAUAAACUAGGUGAGCCCGUCUGGUCACAAAGUGUGCUACGGGAGCGGGAUAUGUAAACAGUACAGAGGAAAGCGAAAGGGGGAUUAUUUACCUGAAGCGUGAAAGAAAGAGUCUGAUCACAAGCUGAUGGCUGCAGAGUGAUUUUGACGUAUUGAUCCACCUUAUGAUAUACUUCUAAACGCCUUGACUACAACCGUUUCAUCGACAUGGUACCAUCAAAUACACAGAAUAUAAUUUGGAGAAUGAAAUGGAGUGUCAAGAGUAGAAGAAUCAAAGUCUCAGGUUUUUGAAUAAUUCCCAACUCAUUUGAUUUAUAAUGUUGAGGCAAAAUCUUUUUGCGUUUGACAUUGAUUCUCAUCGAACAAUUCAUCCAAUUUAGUGUCUUUUUAGAGCUCUCGCAAUGCACUUCAGCCGCCCUAAUGACGAUUAUUUGACACAAAAUUGAUAAAUUUGGGUAUGUCGAAAUAAACACCGUACUCGGAAAAAUGCAACAGAUAAAAAUUAUAUCCGAAAAUUCAAUUUAAAUAGUAUAGUUUUUUAACUCUCGGGUAAUGAAUAAACACAUAUUAGCUAUGCUUUUGCAAAGUUAGUUUAUUCAAUAUCCUCUCCUAGGCUGAAUGCCCACACCUUGCACUUAACGCUACGCUUCAAAUCCUGUGCAACAAUUGCGCCAUCCUUCUUACACACCUUCAUCCACUCUUUCUUCAAAUGAAGUUUAUGAAGACCUUCCCUGUUUUCUGGAGCUUACUCUUCAUAAUCGCUCAGAUUUUUUUAUUGGACAGAUUGUAACCAUUGUGGGAGGACAGCAGGCGUUUCUGGAGGCAUUCUUCUUCAUAUAUUUGGUCGUGGAUGGUGCCGGUCGUUAUGUACGGCUUGCUGAAUUUGGCGCACCCACAGAUCGACUGUCACCCCAAGUACUCCUUGGCCAAUUGGUCGAUCUUCCUCUUCCGGAACUUAUCCGGAACAUCCAGGCGGGAUUUACCGACGAAAAAGCCCAGACCGGGGAUCUGCUUGGCGUCCUCUUUAGUGUACGUCUCGUCGUCCAUUACGAUGCAUUUCUGCUGCACCAACCACUCGCGAUACAGCUUCCUUGUGCGGGUUUUGAUCACCGUAUUCUGUUUAUCGGUUCGGUUAUGUGCGCUUUACUUACCUUGAAGACAUGAAAUCCGGCCCGCGUCAUCUUCUGCUUGACGAACCAGACGGAUGAAUUGACCUUCUUAUCCACGUCCCGAAUCGAAAGGUUCGCACUGCGCUCUUACCUUCUUUGCCUUCACGGGACACUCGUUUUCGAUUUUCUUCCGCUACCAGCUUACCGCUGGGUCGUCUGGGUAUCCUUGAACGAUUUUAUCACACAGGACACGGUCGAAUUAUCGAUUCCCAACUGUUUCACGAUCCACCUGUGAAAUUGGCCUGAACUUUCCAUGAUCGCGCCCAUAAUUUAUUGUCGAAGUACUUCUAGCUUAGAAGCGAUUUCGAUAACCACUUGACAGGUUGUGACGUAAUUUUACACAUGUAAACAUUACACUCUAAACUAGUUUUAUCCAAAAUUUCAUCAAUUUUUGCAAUAAAUAAUUGGCAAACAGUGGGAACUAAGUUACACUAAGCACCGGAUACUUCUGUGGAAUAGUGAAACCCACGAUUGAGUUUCAAGUAGAAUUAAAGUUACUGAAGAAAUAGCCACAACUAACAUUGAUCAUAUGCAAAUGAAAAAUGGAAAAAAACCGAUGCUGUUGGCAUUUCCGAUCGUAUAGUCAAUGAUUCUAAAACAGUCGGUUGGUUAUCAUCUCGGAACUGAACAAACCACCGUUUUAGUGACCCAUAGCAAGCAGGCCACAAACGGAAGCAAAAGCUCAUCAGUCUAGCGCAUAACUCGCAACGAUUGACGUAGAAUCGGUACACCUUCAAGUGUACCAAUAAAAUCAUACUCAAUAUUUACGGCACGAUAACAACAGCAACAAAAGACACCCCUUUUUUGCAGCAAAUAUAUAUGCAUUCUCACUCAAGAAAAAAAAACUCAUACUUAUUCUAUCGCGAAUUGGCUUUCCAAAAGUAGAUGCAAAUUUGAAAUUUGAAAAACAAAAACGAAAAAAAAAUUAAGUGUUUCAUCUUAACGACUAAUAUCCUCAUAUACAACAAGUGUGUUUGAAGCAGAACUGUACACAACAGCGCAGCUAAAUAGUGGAAUGAAUGAGCGAUACUUUAAAAUAUAUAGUGAACCAAUGGUACAAAUUACAUUUGUAGUGAAGCACAAAAAAGAGAACAACAACUAAUAACGACAACUAUUUGAGGUUAAAUAAGAAUUACAAUUAAAGAAUGAAUAUAACAAAAAAAACAGAUGAUUACUAAUACAUUAAAGAGACGGUGUUGAGGAGAAGAGACAGUGAUGAUGAAGCGAGAGGAGGGAAAUCUUAAAAUCUCACAAUCAUUCCGUUCGCAAUAGAUAGUUUAUUAUUGUAUUUUUUCUUGUUUUUUUAAAUAUUUAGUCUUCGAGAGGAUCGUUAUAGUGAGCAAUGAGAAACACGCACCGAGAAGAACGCGUUAGCAAACAAAAUUAAACCUUUUCAAGUUCCAGGAAACACGACCAAAAAAAACCAUUAUCAAAAUUGUCCGAUUUUGGCUGUCACUUUUUCCACUCUCACCUUUUUUUUACCAAUGACCGCGCGUUUCCUUCCAGCAAACAAAGGAAAAACAAGUAUUAUCAGUACGAAAAACUUAAACUCCAAAUGCCACAGAAUGAAAAAAAAACUCGAUAACACUGACAAUAACCACGAAUAGAAACAAAAAAAAAACGGAAACCAAAAACUAUCACUAUCACACACCCACACACAUCGUUUACCACUUUGUUUUUCAUUUUCUCCCAGCGGAGGAAAAUAAACCACAAACUGUCCAAGCUAAGAUAAAAAAAACAACGCACUCACCAAGCCAACGGCAGCAAAUAAUUAGUCAAUUUACUCGGAGCAGUGGUUGCUUUGAUUGAUGUAAAUACGUGAAGGAAUAAAAGACAACACACCCAUUUACACACACACACCAUUUAGUCUCGGGGGGAUGAUAAGUUGUCCCCACCCCCAGAACCAGUAGAAAAUAUUAUUAACGUUUAGUUCUUCCAAGAAAUUCUUAGGGCCGCACAAACACACAUACACAUACAUGCAAUUAUUGUACAGCUUUUUCUGUAGACUUUAGACGAGUAGAUGUAAAUUUUGUCACCCCUAACUAAUGUUAGUUAUCCUUUGUUCAUAGUUUAAUUAUUCUGUAGGUUAUACAUUUUGUUCAUAUAUGAAUUUAUAUAUAUAUUUUCUCUGUACAUAUAGUGAUUUAAUAUUUAAUAAAUUAAACAAUCAGAGUAUAAAGUAAAGCGCGCGCGCAAUUGUUCAAACUGUUGAAGAAAGCAAUUCUCAGUCCAUCAAAAAACAUACAACACACGAACGAGAGGACCCAUAUCUUCCACUUGCGUUCCACCAGACAACUUAAAUUGAGUUUGUCAAUCUUCCGUAACAAACAUACUUAAUUAGGAAUCGUAAAAAAAAAUCCCCCUCUUAACUAAGUGUAUUAUAUUAUUGUAGUUCUAGCGCAGAGAAAGAGAAAAGUUUAUAAGUAUGUACUUCAAAUGCUGAGCUGCAAGCUCGGCCUCAAAAAUGCAAAGGACAAAAAAAAACAAGAAAUCAGACAAACGGAUUGGACCCGUUUCUAGUUAUAAAUAGAGAAGUGAGUAAAACAUAGAACACAAUAAAAAAAGACAACUUGACCACCAAAAACAAACAAAAAAGGAACAUUCGUUACUAUACCUAAUAAAAAAAACUAGGAAGAUAUCCCAUCCUCACUUACUGAGGAGCAAAUGUUUUGUUUUUUUUUUAUGAUUGUUUCUACCGCUUAGUUUAGAUUGUAAAUAAAACGAUAACAAGUUGAAAAUACACGCAGAAAAAAAAAUCUGGCACCGUUUGUGUUUCUUCCUUUGCAACAUUUUCCAUCGUUCCGUUAUUUUCGUACUCUGUGACACACUGUAAAAUAUGAGCUUUUUUAUCCUCUUGUAUCCCUUUGUACAUAUAAACUAUAACACCAUGCGUCUCCAUGGGUCACCCAACCGCGUGAGUGGGGGAGCGGCUCGGUUCGACGCAGGCGACUUAUUUCCACCGAAGAUGAUAGUCUAUUUGAUCUGUAAUUUUAUCUAUGUAUGAUUUGUAUUAUUACGUUAUCUAGUUUGUUCUUCCUCGGAACGUACAUACCUGCAUAUACACACGCACACAAAACGCACACGCACGACUUCUAGGUUUUUUUUUGUUCUUUUGCCAGGCACUCAAUUCCCAUUUUGUCACUCACUCUCAGCGUUGAGACGGUAUCCAGCUUAAAUUAAAUUAGGUUUACCGUGCGAUGAUAGAAGCGAACGAGAAAAAAAACUCAACAGUCUAUUCCCACUUUUUAGUGUGUAGUUUGUAAAUGUAAACGUAAAUAUUCUAGCGGUAUUUAAUGUAAUUUAGUAAUUGUAGUAGUAGCAAGAAGCAGAUAAAACAAAUUCUACUAUGAACUCAAAAUUAAUGCUCUUCAGAAAGUUAUUAUUGUAUAGAAGUAACAAAAAUACAAAAACAAUCUACAAGCUGCAUGCAAUUAUGUGAGCAAGUACGAGAGUACGAAUGUGAGGAAAUGAAUUAGUGUCAAAGCCAAUAAAAUGGAAAAAUUUAAAUGAAA